AUGGCGCUGACGGCCGAAAGCGAGUCGCGGCUCUUCCGUUCGCUGCGCGCCGCCGCCGGCGCGGCCGCGCACGCCGCGGCGCUGGGGCUGCCCGCCGGGGUGGCCGUGCUGGCGCGGCCCGGCUCCAGCCUGUUCUCCUGGCACCCGCUGCUGAUGGCGCUGGCGGUGUCGCUGCUGAUGACCGAGGCGCUGCUCGUGUUCUCGCCGGAGGCCUCGCCGCUGCGCGGGCUGUCCCGCAAGGCCAAGGCGCGGGCGCACUGGGUGCUGCAGGCGCUGGCGGUGCUGUGCGCGGCGCUGGGGCUGGGGCUGGUGGCCUACAACAAGCACCUGCACGGCACCGGGCACCUGCGCACCUGGCACGGCCGCACCGGGCUGCUGACCGUGCUGUACUUCGCCGCGCAGAGCCUCGGCGGGCUGCUGCUGCUCUACCCCAAGCUGGCGGGCUGCUGGCCGCCGGGCAAGCUGCGGCUGUACCACGCCACGGCCGGGCUGGUGGGGUACCUGCUGGGCUGCGCCAGCCUGAUGCUGGGCAUGUGCUCGCUGUGGUUCACCGCCGCCGCCCGAGGGGCCGCCUGGUACCUGGCCAUGCUGUGCCCCGUGCUCACCAGCCUGGUGGUGAUGAACCAGGUGAGCAACGCCUACCUGUACCGCAAGCGGAGCCAGCACUGAGCGCGCCGCCCCAGAUGCUCUGCAGCUCCUUCAUCCCAGACGGACCGCGGUGGCUGCGGGGCGCAUCGCAGCUCCAGUGACACCGCUGGUCCCCAGCACAGGGAGUGGGAGAGCUGGGGGGUCCCGCUCCGUCCCCUUCCUUUUCAUCCACGCACAAAUCCCUGUGCCACGGGGCUAAUGGUGGCAAGGUUACGGCCCGUCGGGCACCAGGGGGUGUUUUGCAGCCUGCAGAGGCCCGGUUCAUCCCUCUGAGGAGUGCAGAGAAUGGUACGAGCACAGGAGAAACCUCAGCAGACGCCUGCGUGGGUGCCCAUCCUCAACAUUGUGAAGGGAGCAGGCUUCAUGGAGCAGUGACCCUGGAAGGAAUCACAGCUCCUCUCCUCCCGCAGCAGCCGCCUCUCCAGCCCCAGUGGAGUGGGGCUCGAUGGACUGCGCUGCGGUGGCCCCAGGGCUGCUCCCUGUUGUGCUCCUGGCAGGGCCAGAGAGCUGGGAACAGCACCCAAGCUGGGAAAAUCCUCUGUAUCCAGAGCUUUUAUUCAAUAAAGAUUCAGGCAGCUACAGCACAGCACAGCCUCCUUACUGCCCUGGGGGCUUUUGGCCCCACAUAGGGAAGGGGACACCUUAGAGCCACAGAGAAGCGGUUGAAAAUAGCACUGACCACAGGCAGGUGCUUGGUUCAGGCCCUUGGCCCCCAUGAGCCUUCACA